UCCAUUAUGAAACAAUAUCUGGUGUUUGCUCUCGUCUUCGUGGCGAUUCUAGCGCUGACCAGCGGUCAUCCUGCGGAGGAUCAGAAGGUCACCUUGGAGGAUGCCGAAGUCCAACCGGGAAUCGAUGAGGAAUCUGGAAUUAGGGCUGCUCGUCACUUUGGCUUUGGCAGACGAUUUGGAGGAGGAGGCUGCUGUGGAGGCGGUGGUUUCCGACCAGGUGGAUUCGGUGGAUACGGCUAUCCGGGCGGAGGCUACGGCGGAUAUCCAGGCGGUGGCUACGGAGGAGGCGGUGCAUCUGCCGCGGCAUCAGCUUCGGCUUCGGCUUCAGUCAGUUCAGGCUGGGGACGCUAAUAAUUGUAAUACGUUCGAAUUUGAUUAAGCCGAAAAUAGAUUAAAGUCGAAACGAAAACAAAAA